UGGGGGUGUUCCUGCGUGGCAUUCGUACGGUGUGCUGGUGUCGGUGGUGCGUUCGCUGGAUGAGCUUGCGGUACAUGAGCCGGGUGGUGGUGCAGGGCCGGGCGAGGGCGGCGCAAGGGAUCCGCGACCAUGCGUCCAGGUCGGUGAAGGACGGCGCCGCCGCCUCCUCUUCCUCGUCCAACAGAGUGAGGUUGCUUUCCAGGGCGGUCGACGACUCCUCCGUUCUCAAGGCCUGCUGCGCCGCCGAGGUAGACAAGAGGAAGCGGGCCGAGGAGUCUCUGCGCACGGUGAUGUAUCUCAGCUGCUGGGGCCCCAACUGAGGGACCUAAGAAGAUGAAUUAGUCUGUGCAAAUGCAAAACAGAGGAAUAAGGGAAAUAUAAGUUCAUAUGUGAUGAUCUCUUUGUUCUUUGGAAAGAAGCUGUUGAUAUUAUCAUCUGUGUUGCUUUGUUCUUUUA